UGCCAUGUACCAUUUGUGCAUGCAUGCAGUACACACGUACACGCUGACGUCGCGCGCGCAUACGUGUGCGCCAUGCUGCACGUACGGAAGGGGAGAAGUUCUGUUUGUAUUUUUAAAGAAAUAAUAGCUUUUCAUUUCCACCUGAAGCCUAGAUAUCAAUGUAGUCUUGUAGCCCAAUGUCAGCUAUUUUCUUCAGAUUCAACAGCCAGCACUGAAAACGCCCAGGAUGAGUCCAAAGCUCAGGAAUACAGGACAGAGCCACCGCACCACCCGGACCGAGACUGGAUUGGUCCGGUCGACAAGCGGUCCAAUCUUCGGCAAAUCCGCUUCGCUCAGCCACAGGACGAAACGGUCGGGGAAAGGAAACACAGAGAGAUGAGGGAAGAGAUUUACGAGUGGAACCACGCCUUCUGGGCUAAGCACAACCAGAACUUCAUUGAGGCCAAAGAACGUUUUGUUAAAGAAGCACUCGGCACUAAAGGAGUUGGCCUCUUGGAUGAAGAUGGGGCAAAGCGAGUGUUGAGUGCAGAUGAAAUGGCCAAGUUCUACAGGGAAUUCCUACAAGACAACCGGCAUACACUCAAGCUAUACAACCGGGAAUGGUACCGAAGAAAUACCGCCCUCUUGUGGCCGGCAUGCAAGAUUGCUAUUCAGAGACUGUUUAGGAGGUGACCCCAUAUGGAUCAACAGGAAUUUGCUUUCAACAGUAAAUACAAGAACCCUCCAGAGUUGUAAUGUUAAAAAAAUGGAUGGUUACGGUGUUCGACUCAUGAGCCAUGGGUUCGAACCCUGACGGGGAACAUGGUGCUUGUGUUCUUGUGCAAGGCCUUUUACUACAAUUGUCCUCUCUUCACCCAGGAGUAUAAAUGGGUACCUGUGAAGGUAGAGACCAAAUUGCGCUGAUCUCGAGCUGCUGCAGAAAAGUGGUCUCAUUCCUGAUAAACAGGGAUGAUAAUGGUAAAGCACUUUGACACCUUAGGUAUAAAGUGCUAUAUAAGCACCACAUUAUUAUUGUUAGUAUUAAAAAUGGAAGGCUCCAAUUUUGUAAGGAUGGUUUCGAACACCAAGUUUUGCAAGAUUCCCAACCGUAUAGUGGAAUUCAAAGUGAAUUUUAACAAAUCCAGAUUUUAGUCCCACCACUAGUUGCAACACUUGAUCAUGUUGAGCAAUGACGUGCAGUCAUGCCUGUAUACUUGUGUCCAUGUACAUGUAUGGUUGCUUGGGACAGGUCAUGACGUCAGUUUUCAUAAUGAAUGGAUGAGAUCAAGCUAUUUCUUUGAUGAAAAACAAGUGGAUGAAUUGUUGCUGGAUAUCACAAAAUGAGUUGUAAGGAGAUCUUUGCAACUCCUUGUUUUAAAGGGAAUGUACAUCAUUGGUUUUUGAUGUAAUUUUCAGAAAUGAACUAUUUGAGGGGUUAGUAUAUAUAGAUCAAAUAUUGUUACACUGACA